ACAAGCAAGGCAAGAAGCAUGACAGACGAGGUCGCACUGCAGCAAUGGCUCGCGCCGUGGCCCAAGAUCCAGGACCAGCUCAACCUCCUCCUUGUCGGUCUCAAGCGACGCCAGAUCACGGGCUCGUACGAGACGUCGCGCAAGACCACGGAGCUGCUCCGUGCUGUGCUUGGUGCUGUCCGCUUUACGCACGCCCGGCAGCUCAUGGAGCACAUCCGCAUCCUUGGUCGCGUCCUCAUCAAGGCUAUCCCGCAAGAGCUCGCGAUUGGCAACGUUAUUCGCCGAGUUCUCUUUAUCGUGCGCGAAGAGUACCUAAACGGGAUGAAGGCGCUGUCGUCGCAGACGCAGGCGCAGCUCUCGCUCGGCACGAUUCUCACGCCGGGCAUGGAAGACGACUUCACGACGCCCAUCAAGGAGCUUAAGCAAGCCAUCAUGGAGGGUGUGAGCGAGCUCAUGGAUGAGAUCGAGAACCUCCACAUCAGCAUCGCGGACCAGGCCAUGGAGUACAUUCACGCGAACGAGGUCAUUUUGACGUAUGGUCUCUCGACGUCUGUGGAAGAGUUCCUCAAAGCGGCUGCCAAGAAGCGGCAGUUCAAGGUCAUCGUUGUCGAAUCUACGCCUGUUCUCAAUGGCCAAAACAUGGCCCAUCGACUCGCAGAGAGUGGCAUCGACACGACCGUCAUCACAGACAGCGCCGUCUUUGCUAUGAUGGCCCGUGUCAACAAGGUGGUGAUUCCGGCCAUCGCUGUCGUUGCCAACGGCGGUCUCAUCGCGCAGUCUGGGAUUCAAAACAUCGCUCUCGCAGCCAAAAAGUUCUGCGUGCCCGUCGUGUCCGUUGCCGGUCUCUUCAAGCUCUGCCCGCUGUACCCGCACGAUCUGGACGUCCUUAACGAGCUCGUGUCGCCGGCGCACAUUCUCAACUACGACGAGACCCUUCCCAACAUGGAUGUCUUGAACCCGGUGAACGACUACGUGCCGCCCGAGCAUGUGACCAUCUUCAUCACAAACACCGGCGCGUACCAGCCGUCGUAUAUUUACCGCUUGCUGACCGAGUACUACUCGCCGCAGGACUAUCAAUUGGUCUAAGCCGCCAGUGACAAGAAGAAUAUACGCACGAAGUAAUGUAGCAUUUCUUCAGUGG